UGGAUGAAGCCAAUGCGACAGGAUAACAGAGGCAAGUACGUGAAUUUGACGCGGAGCACUUUUAUUAUUUGUUUGCGUCCUCAUGCAUACUUAAUGAAGGAUGAUAAGGGCACUCCCGUUUUUUCUUCAAACCACGGGUCGGUACAACUUAAGAAAGCGUGAACUUGCUCGCUCGGACGUUUAGUUCGUUACAGCAGCGAGAGCACAGAAGACUGACUCACAACUUCGCAUUUUUCCGUUCUUAAGGGCUGUUCGGAGAAUUAUUUGAAGUUAUGGAGGAACUUCUUUCAACGAAGUUAUUGAUGAAUUGAGAAUGAAGCAGUUUGUUUGGAACUGCUGAAUAACAAUUUUAAAAACAUACAUUUUAUUGAUUAAGGACUUGAUCACCGAAUAUUUCCUGAGUCCCUACUGAGUGGAAUCACCUCAGCGCACCAUCGCAUUUCAAAGCAAACUUUUGCUGGAUCUGUCUUUCUAUAACAUGGUUUAAAAUAAGGACCUUUGCACCCCGGUUGAAAUGGAAAAAUGAGAUACACUUGUUCGACUUGACGCCAGCCGUACAUAGCAAUGGCAAGAUUCGCGGGAUCGAUACGGGACUCUUGUAUGUUGAUCUGGCCUUUUGCUUGCGUGCUUGUAUGUUUUGCUUAUUUUUCCAUCGCCUCUCCAACCCACGGUCGUCGGCUGAUUUGUUGGCAGGCUAUUUUGAACUGCCACUCGGAACCUGAAUGCCACUACGCAUAUGGGCAGUAUUUGCACGCAUGUGAUCCCAUACUGAAUGGCCAGAAGAAGAAAUGCCCGAGUCACUGCAUCUCCUCGUUGGUGCAGUUAAACCUGACUAAAAACGGCCCGGCGCUGGAGGACUGCAGCUGUGCUUCAGAUAAUUUUUGUAGGGACACCAAACGUGCCAUUGAGCCAUGCUUGCCGAAAACCAGUAGCAUGGGUUGCACUGAAGCCCGGCGCCAGUGCGAAAGAGAUUACCAGUGCCGGACUGCGAUGGGUGAUUAUUUGCUUCACUGUGGUAAACUUUUUAGCGGGGCGACAUGUACGAACGCUUGUCGAAAUGUCAUCGCAAAUAUGCGAAAACUACCAAAAGCCCAGCUCCUGGAUACUUGCAUCUGUGACGGGACAGAGCGGACUAUAUGCGAGUUUGUGAAAAUAAGUAUGAAAAAUCUUUGCUUUGAUUCUCCUCCUGUUGACGAAGAGGGCUCUAGUGGAUCUGAUUAUGAUGAUGAGGAUGACGAGGACGACACACCAGAGAGAACGUCUGUGGGGAGCACAGGUCUUCGCGCGGGGGCCUGGGGUGCUUUGACUGGGACGGCAUCCAUUUUGGUUUUGUUGCGGUUUUUUGGAAUAUUAAGUUAAAAAUCCACGACUGUUUAAUGAAAAUGUCACAUUCUUCUCCAAAGAAUACAUAUGUAGCUUUGCAUGACACUUGGGCGAGCUUUUGUCCUGACGAUUGUCACAUUUGUUAUGUCACGAAUCUCUAUGCAAACGUAUUGUUCAGAAUCUGAGUUGGCCCGUGUAAACAUACACUUUCGAUAUUUAUUUCUGUGCUAAAUUCUUACCUGGAAGUAAUGAAGCAGUUUCCAAAUAUGAAGCAUACAUUAAUAUCUAAACACUACUGCAUUAAAAACUAUAUUGCCAAUAUUAUAAGUGCUAUUUUUGUCAAACACAAACUUGAGAAUGAUGUAUGUACACCGUAAAAAAAUUAUUUUGUUACCAAGAGAGUUAACAAUGCGAAGCUUUAAUCAGAAAGCUCUGCACUGUCAAUAUUAAACUAGAUGUGUAAACUAUUUUUUAUAUAAAGAUGCAAUUGACAUUGAGUCACUGAACAACAUCUGUAAAGGUAUUUGGAAUGCUGGAAUGAGAAGUAUGAUAGUACUCAAGCAUUCAGUUGAAAGUACUAAAUAUAAACAUUUUGAUAUAUCAGAGUCACAUAAAAGCAAUAUUUUGUAAUAUAAAAUUUCUAUGAAAACAAAGGGUGAUGAUUCCAGCUUUAAAGGGAAGUUAGAUAUUAAGUGGCCUUGAUUUUGCUUUUAAAAUACUGUACAGUGUAAAUAGAUUUUUCAGAGGAUCUUUAAUUGUUAUAUAAAGAUGAAUUAUUCACUGUGUAGAAAUGUCUAAAUCCACUGUAUGACUGCCUCACUGUUGUACUUUUUAUAGAAGGCAUAAAACAAAAGUACAAAGACUAAAA